UGAUUUGGGGGGCCCUUCCCACAUUUGACCAGGCUGGACAGCUAUGUUCGGUAAACAAAAUCUAAAAACUUAUUUUUGUUUUGAUGAUAAAACUAGUUUGACUAUCAGAAACAUUUAAAUGUGACCAAAAAUAAUAUACUUUUAUAUGUGGAAACAUAUGGAUGGAUGGCUGGAUGUGGAAACAAUUGUCAUAGAACUAUGAAAUCAACUGAGUUGAUCUCUUAGCACAUGCUUUCCUAUCUUGAUCUGAUAUUUAUGAAAACAAUUAUUUCAUUGCUUUCAGAAUAUAACUUUUUUCAAACGAAAUUUUUUUUGCCGAAAUGUUGGCCUGUUGCUGUUUUUGAAAUAUAAAAUAUGUUUUACAAUAACAAGACCUUUAGGAUAAAUUAAGGACCAUAAGUUAAAUAACUAAUAUUUUUUUUCUAAUUGCCAAAAUGUGUAAUGUAUGCACAUUCAACAUUUGGUAAACAUUUCUUUGUAAUAUUUUCAAAAAGCAAUUAUUUUAUUUGUUGCAGUUUGUGCCGGUGUUCUGACUAUCCGUGCUACCUCGUCAGAUUUUCCCAAGGUAGGGCGUUUUAAUGGGUAGCGCAGAUGGUUAGAACACCGGAGCUAGCCCGUUGCAUCUAAGAUCGAUUGGUUUGGUCUGCCAUUUCCCCACUGUAAUCAGGAAGUAGCUCCUGUUGUUUCACACGGGUCGACAUUUUCCAAUGUUAGCGUGACAAAGUGCGUCAAAAUGACUGAAAUGCUGAACGGUUCGGACUUCGGGGGAAUUUUGGUGCAUAAUUUCUCCGAGAAGAUUCUGGAGCAGGUCGUCCACUUCCACGUGAUGAAGUUGAACGAAGGCUUUUUCCUUUGGGUCGGUUCGGCUCCUGCUCUAUCCAACCUAGCGGUUUCAAUGAGCAGCAAAUAUGAUUCGAUGCCGUUAUCUACAUUGGUGUUGGGAGAUCCGUCAAAUACUGCAGCAAACUCUUUGGCACAGAGGCUAGCAAAGAGGACCAAAAAGCAAGUUUUUGUGAGUUACAGUCUUCCGAUGACAAACUCCAGCCUCAGUUUGUUGGUGGAAAACCGGAUCAAAAAGGAACUGGAGCUUCACCCUGAGAACUUUUAGAAACAUCUCACCCCUUUAAGACAUUUACUUUCCUUACAUCAGCAUCUGCUUAUUCUUUUCAUUGUCCUGCAACCAAACUUCCAAAACAAAACAGACACACAAGCAAUGACAUCCACUGUUCUUUUAUUGACAUAAUAAAUUAAGUGGUUUAUUAUCAAAACAUGUAGGCCUAUGGCUUUUUGUACAAAUGCAUUUUAUUAAAAAAAUAACACUUAGAAAACAGCA